AUGGUAGAGAAUCAAAUUUUAAACGGUGGAAAUUUUAAAGUUGCGUAUCCAGAGCUUAUUCAAAGACAUGUUCUGGAAAAUGCAUCUUCCGGCGAAAUUUUAUCCCAUGCGAGUGUUGAUGAACCCUAUCCUGAAAUAACUGCUACUCUAGGAUGCAAAUUGAGGUCUAUAGCUCCACUGCCGAAAUUAAAAGUCGAGAGGUCGCAACUUUUCCCAGUUACUCCCGUAAUCAACAUAGAAACAAAAGCAGAAGCUCUUUCCCAAAAGUUGUACGAUUUCUGCCUGAGUAAGCAGAAUCCAGUGACGAUUCUGAGGGGAUUGUCCCAAGCGCUUGAUAUAAACCUGUCUUUGUUUACAACGAAAUGGCUUGUUGACAAAGUUCCGAAACACCCCUGUGAAGUGCGUAAGCAAUUUGCCCAAGGUAUAUAA